AUGGAGUACGAGACGAAUGAUUGGUUCGGGUUUGAUCCUGAUCAGCUCGACUCUUGGCUCGAGCGUGUUUGGACGGGUACACAGGCCGGCACUGCCCCUACGGGAACAACCUGGAAGGUGACAGCAGCGGCUCCGAGUCCGUGGCUCACGUACCCGCUACUUCGCCUAGCGUCUCCGUGGAAGGGUUGGAUUGAGCAAGUUUGGGCUUCGAUUGAACGGAACUUGCGCGCAAUGAGGGCGUUAUCGACUAGAGACGCUGAUGUCGCCGAAGCUGGACAGACUGGUGCACGAAACGGUGUAUUCCGCGAACUGGCGGUAGACCUCACGAAGCUCGGUUGGCUGGCUGCGCAACUCGCACCCGAAUGCCGCCAGUCGGUGCUUCCUUUUGAUCUUAUGCAAGAGAUAUUGGAAACCGACUGUCUCGUUCUUGUGAUCCAGGCUCUUGAAGUUUGGUGGCAGGUAGCACGGGUGCCGUUCCUGAGCGAGGCUGCUUACGCACCCUUGAGUGCCGACGCAGCCUGGUUGGGACCUCGUCUCGUGGAUUCUCUCCUGGAACUCUGCAGACACGAUCCUGUUUAUGAUGACUUGUUCCGGGCUCUGCGUGCUCGUACGCAGGCUGCCGCCGAGCCAGUCACCGAGACGGUUGCAGUGGCCUCGUGCACCGAUACCAGCACCGACGAGCAGUCUCUCUCGGGUAGUGGACUUGAGUUUACGCGCUGGGAAAGUCGUAGCUCACCGGAUUCGUCCAUGGAAAUAGAGAGCGUUGCGGAGAAUGCCGGGGAUCGUGUGGUUCCCGCUGCGCUCGAGGAGAACAUUAGUGCGGCCUCAAGGUCAUGCGCCUGGUGCCGCACCAGUCCACUGGACUCAGCAUCCGAAGCCGGUGCUUACAGAAGCGCUUUUCAUGCGCUACGAACACGCCCUGAUACGGAGGGAUCAAGUCCUUGCUUGGAUGUGCUCCAGUGGGCGUCACUGCAGGACGCUUUUGCACCUCACUGGCGAGCAAGCAUCCAUCAUGAGCGUACAGCGCCGGAGCAACGAGUCCAAGCGUGCCCAAAAGCGAGCACUGUGAAUGCUGCACGGGGUCAGCGACGCUCGCAACGAACGAACUUGCGUCACUGGUGUCGUUUCCGGCUCGAGUGGGGCCUCUUGCGUCUGGCGGUCCGUUUCGAGGCCAUGGCGGUGCUGCUGUCGAGCUCGGGCACGGCGCGAGUAUCUCUGGAGCAGUUGUUGAUGAGCGAACCACACUUUUGGGAGGACGUGAUCGAUACUCUGCGGGGUGCCUUCUUUCAAACCAGUCAACGCCCGGCGCUGGCUAACGGAGCGCGAAACGCAGUGAGCGUCGAGCUCCACCCCAGUGUCAGGGCUCUUGUCGAGCGUGCGUCGCUGCGUCUGCUAGCUGUUGCUGCAGCGACGUGGAAGUGGGAGAAACCGCUGCUCACAUCGAUGCUACAUGGCCGCGGAGCCAGUUGGCUGUUCCAGGCGGUGUGUACUGCACUCCAGACGCAACAGGAAACGCCCAAUGAUGCAUCCUCUAGUCACGCCGAGCGGCUGGAGCUCUAUCUGAGCACCAUGAGUCGACUACUGCGGCGGGAGCGACGUCUCCAGCAUCUCGAUGGGCGUUUACAACUGCAACUGGUGGGUUUGUUUCAAAAACUGACCGGUGUACUGGGGGCGGUUGCCCCAGCUUCACUGCUGUCGCUAUGGGCAUUGCAGUUCUGGACGAUGGUGUUUCGUCAAACGCGCUCUGAUGACUCUUUUUUCGGAUUGCUUCGCCACGAAAUGGCAUACGUCCAGCAGAUGCUACUCGCACAGCUGCAAUACCUCAUCGGGCACGUUUCUGAGAGGUCCGCUGCUCAUCGGGAACACGAACGCUACCUAGAACGCAUCCGGGCGUACCCCUGGGCACACCAUGACGCAGCCGAGGCACUUUCGGAAACGUUUGGAACGUUGACGCUGCUGGAGAGCACCUGGAUGCGCAUCGCUUGGCACUUUUUGCUGUUACGCUACGAGAGUCAAUCGAACGGUAACGGGACUCCCGCUGCUGCCUCUUUGAUACGGAAUGCAUCACCGACACUCUCCGGUACGAUGCCAGCUGCGAGCACAACUGGUCCAACGGCGUGGUUACCUUCAGAACGCGCGCAAGCGACAGGUGCGCACUCGGGCCCGGCAACCUCUGGUGGGAAUGCUACCGCUGCUGCCGGAACGCCGGCGGAGCCCUUGACCCUACAUCAACCUGUGAUUCGACACUUGCUGGAGCAAGUCCUGCGCCAUCCGAGACUGUUUGGUGGUGCUGUCUGGAGCGUCGCAACGCAGACCUUGGCCUUGGCAAUGAACGAUGAUCCCGCCAAUGCAGCAGUUUUCUGGGAGGAACACACCAUCGACGGAUUACUGGCUGUGCUGGCGGCGGAGCAGUCGACAUCGAUGGACCUCCCGGCGACAGCAGAAGCAUACAUAGCCGCCUGGCAUGCGCUAGAUGCUCUCUGCAUCCGACGGGAACAGCUGGAGGCUUUGCUUCAACCCGUGGAAUCGACGUGCACGGAGCUGGCUGAGGUACCAACAGCCCCGUUGGGGCAGUUGCGACCGGGGCCAACGCCCAGCUCAAUUCUCGGACGUAUGCUGUCUUGUCUCGUGCGAGUGAUGCUCUAUCGACCUGCGCUAUCUCGUGCUCGAUUCCACUCGGGCUACGACUUGAGUUUCAUUAGGGGCCUGUGGAAACGCGGCCCAACAGUGCAGACGAUUUUUGAACAAGUGGUGCUCAGUGAACUACAAAGCUGGCUCCGCGAGCGCGACCAGCAUCAAGCACUCAGCGCUAGCACCACGAACGACAAUGUGGACGAGAGCGCUGCGGCCUCUGCGGGUGCAUCACUCGAGGUACUCGUGGUGCAGCGGACGGAAGAGCUGCUUGCCUUGGAUAGCGCGAUGAUGUUCUGCGAGUUGCUACGCAAGGCGUUGCUUGCUACAUCGCGCCAGUCCGCUGAGCGACGCGUUGCUGCACUCACACGGGAGCGACUUGAGGAGUUGCAGGCCGCGCUGUGGCUGGAGGCUUUGCGUUCGCUGUUUGUUCCGCUGGGGUUGUACCUGCUCAGCUCGAAUGAAGAUCGAGCGGUUCCGAGCGUUCGUCAACUAAUCCAAGUGACGGAAUCGGUACGUCGUCAGGCGUUGCGAGCUGGCAUGGUGAUCGAGGCCGCUCGUGUACGCGCCAUGCUUGGCCAGCGUCUUGCCCAAGCGCUACCGCUGGUGCUGAACCAGGUCUCCCCGGUGCAUUGCACACGAAUCCGAGCGUCAUCCAUUGGCUCACAACGAGCGUCAUCGUCAUCGUUAUCGACGCACGCAAGUCGCAAUGCCCAGCGAGCACCGCCGCUUUUCGAAGCAAUACUCGAAUCUGACUGGCCGCAGACGCUCUCUCUGGCCAGUGAACUCGGAACGCUUCUGAUGCUGCUCGCGCUCUGGGGUCAACAGCUGAAGCACAAGUUUCGUCUCCGUGGUAUGAGUGGCGGCAGAGCUGCAGCUGCGUCUGCCGCUACGGACACUGCAGUAGGCGACGGAACGCUUCUGCAGGCAGUCGGGUGCUUAGAGCGACUGGCUCGUUUCGCGCUUGCCCAGUGUGCCUUCGAAGCAGUUACAGUGUAUCCAGUCGCGCUUCCAGCGAAGAGAUCCCUGGAAAUCGAGGUGGUAAUGAUUGAGCAAGCGUCCACCGCGGCGGAUCGUACCAGUCGACUGUCGAACGCUACCAGAGCGGUGCCUUCGAGGCCGCUGCAGUCACCGCCCUGGCGUUCCGGUGGUACGGCGCAGGCUGCUUCAUCCCCGGCAACCGAUACGAUGCAGUGGAGCAGUGAACGUGCCGAGCAGAAUGUUACCGAGGUGUUUGGCGUUGCACGCGCUUUGGCUAUAUUCGGGGUGAAUGUUCGUCCAUUCUACCAGUGUGUGCUCCAGGAGAGUGAACUGGACAUCACCCUAGCUGACGUGCUUGUUGGUCACUGGGCUGCCUGCGAGACGCUGUUCACGGGGGACGUAUGGGAGCUGGUGCAACGACCGACAACCGCUCAUCUGGAGCCAGCACAGUGUAUCUAUCUGGUGGGCUUGGUUUCGUCUCUGCGAGCGCUGCUCCAAGAGUCGUCGUUGCCGCGACGCACAGCGCGUCGCCUAUUGACGGUGUUGUACGCUCGCGGCUGGCCAGUGGAGUUGUUUCGUCUGGUGCGUCAGCUGGUACCGCCGGUCUCGCUGGACACCUGCCGAGCUCUGGAUGCACUGCUUGACCUGUUGGUCGUUGCGCUGCUCGCCGAAGACCUAGCGCUAGGCGACGCGACACCAAGCUCGGAGCGCCGCGAAGCGACCGCAGCGCGUCUGGCACCUGCUGGGGAUGCGGUCGGCGUCGAAACGCGCUCGCGACGUGACAGCGACGCUGCGACGCGGAUGACUGCAGCGGCUUUUGGCAUGAGCGGCGGUUCAUCUGCAGUUGCAGCUACAACACCACCACCAACAACAACAACAACGAUGGCAGCGGCAGCGUCGCCGAACGACGCGUGGAAUGCGGAGCAGGCAACGCGGACAUCCUAUUUGGCACUGGUAAGCGUGCUUGUGCGUCGACUUCUUGAGCACGACUGGUCGCAAUGGCCUCGUCUGUUCGUAUUCCGUCUACUGAACCUGGUACGACUGCUGCUUGCCGUGGAUGCAUCGCCACCAGCACCAGCACCAUCAUCACUACUAGCUAGUGGCGGCGGCGCAGCACCGCCCGUGGCUGGCCUCGAAGCCGGUCUGAGGUGGAGAUCUUCGGAGCGGGCACCCAUGCACCGUCAUCCCGACUUGCUACUCGAUUCGGAUGAAGCUUUGGAACGCUUCGUGGACACAUACGGCAAAGGCAGCAGUUUCCCGCUACGCCCGGCGCGCAUUGAUGUGCUCCUGCCCUGGAGUCGUCGACUGUUGCGCCUCUUGCAAGUUGGUCAUCGACGACAACGGAUGCCGCAGCUGGACUGGAUCAGUUUUCAGCAACAACUCCGGAAAUGGGUACGGGAACAAGCGCUGCAUCGCCUAUUCAGCGCGCCGCCUGAAACGCUCGACACUGCGCUCGUUGCUGAGUGUUGGAGUCUGUUACCACCGACGACAUGGCUCGAAGACAAGUCGCUGCUUUCAUCCCGUCAAAUGGACGCAACGGGCACGUCACGAACACGCCCUCUCGAUGAGCAUCCCUUGGCUAGCCUGGUCGUGCGGGCACCGGCUGUGGCAGUACACUGGAUCGCACGCCUCGGCUUCCAUGAUACGAGCGUGUCGAUGCUGCGUGUCCUUGCCGAGAUUCUGGAAGCUUCGCUGGACACGUGUCCUCCGCAGGAUGCACGCAUGCCCGCGUACCUGAUGCUCUACGCGCUGCUGCUGCGUGUGAUCACGGCGCACUCGGUGCAUGAGCCGGCUGCGGGGGCCACGCAGCCAACCGGGCGCAUUGCUGAACGACCGUCCUAUGUAACGACGGUACCGUAUAUACCGCGUGGUGUACUGACCGCUCAUUUACCGCGGUUCCUGGCUCGACAGGCGCUGGGGACGCUAUGGCAGUAUCGAUGGAAGCGGGUACGUUUGCCGACGGUGCUCGAACAAAUGCUGGGCGUCAUUCGGCCGCUAUGGGAUUGGAUAGAAGCGCAUCAGGUUGCGGGUGCUGCUUCCGCUGAACCUUCUCAGCGGUUGGCGCUAUUGGAUUUAGAGUUGAGUGCCCUGGAGGCGGUUGUUGCUGCAGCGCAUGCGCAGGUGCGGGUUGCAGCGCCGACGCCGGCUGCCGUUUUGCAGGCGUUUUUGCGCAUGCAGCGCCAUAUAGACGCGCUGCGAGCGCAGCAGCAACAGCAGCAGCAACAACAACAACAACAAGAACAACAGCAGCAGCAGGUAGCGCCUCUGGUGGCGCGGAUGCUGCACGCCUGGCUCCUGCUUGCCGAAUACGUUCGCAUCGCCUUUUACGAGCACGAUAUUGGACUGGUGAUUUCAGCGUUUGAUCGCGUGCUGCGCGAGGCGUUCCGUGAGUCCCUCAGUCAAAGCGGUCAGCAUCAGCACACUGUGACUGCGGCAUCGCUGAAUCCAGUGCUGGAGCGGCUCCAGGCCCUGCAUCCAAUGGCGUUAAGCGUUUCGCUCAUGCGCUGCCUCCGGCCUGUGGAUGCGACGCGUGACCGCCGCGCUGAACCGCGCUACCAGCUGAAUAGCGAUUGUCCGUCGAUCGAGACCGUCCGAGUUGAUGGCAAUCUGCUGACGCUGUUAAUGAGUCACGAGGAGCCGGGUCUGGUUUGGGCGCUAGCUAGCUGCAUGAGCACGUUUGGCGCACCCUUUGCGACGGCGCUCACGCGCGUGCUUCGUCGCCCCUCUGCGGCCAGUUAUCGGGACUGGUUGGUGCGCUGCUUGGCCGCCCAGGCACCAAACAUGCAAGCGUCCGUUGCGGCGGGUGCCGCCGAUCCUCUAAGUGCGGUGGACUGGCGCUAUCUAAGCGCUCGGGCGCUUGUGGUGCAAUUGAGCGCCCAUGCUGGUGAGCCGCAAGCACUGGCGCUGGAGCUCUGGACGGAAGCGCUUCAGCGCUGGCGCGACCUGCAGGCUUUCGAGGGCGUCAGUGUGCGCAGCGAAGCCGUUUUGACGUCGACGGCGACGCAUGAGCGCCCCCAGUCCAUCGCCCGUCUUGCGUCAUUGACGACGCGACUGGUCGUGCACGACGCUCAUCGACAGAUGGCUACGACCGGGGGAUCCAACCUGCUGCUUGAACUGUACGGAAGCAGUUUCCAGGAACCAACACAAGCGAACACGCUGCUCGAGUGUUUGUAUCAGCUGGCGGUGUUCUACGGGCCGGGCCUCUUGCAGUACGGCCCCGAUCGCACCGGUCGCUAUCCAUUGCUCAAGAACGGAGCGGCACUCGAGGCGCAUCGCUUGCGUGAGCUUCUGCGCAGUCUGCCGAGCGUGAAGAGCGACCUAUUCGACUAUGCACCCCUGCUGGGUGCACUGGGGCGCGCUCGGCUCCCGGAGCCGGUGCUGGACCCGGAGUCGAUGUUGGAGCCAAACCAGGAGCUGUCCUGGUCUGGCGCAGCGCUUGAACGCAAGCGCUCUGCGGAUACCGAUGACGCAGAGGAAACGAUAUCGCGUUCGCCGUCAUUUUAG